CAAAUCAAACUCCCUCACUCCACAACAAAAUUUUCUCUUCUCGUUCUUUCUCACAUCUUCUGCUGCUUGGUUUCUUGGAACCAAAUCACUCGCUCCUCGUUGCGCACAAAAGGCCUGUCAGAUUCAGCCAAGGUUUUUGCAUCAUUAUUCAUUACUGUCCGGUGAUAGUCUAGAUAUGGAAGACAAAUCUACAAUCUCUCUAAAAAUCAAGACUGAGGAUAAAAAGCCAGGUGAUGUGAAGGAAGAUAAGACUCAGGUAGAACUGAAGCUGAAGAACAAAUCACUAGAAAAAGAGAAUUUAGAUAUGGAAGAAAAAUCUACAAUCUGUCUUAAAAUCAAGACUGAGGAUGAAAAACCAGGUGAUGUGAAGGAAGAUAAGACUGAGGUAGAACUGAAGCUGAAGAGCAAAUUACUAGAAAAAGAGAAUAAACACGAGGAUGAAAUAAAGGAAAAUGAUGCAGAAGAUAACGGUGGGGAUGGUAAAGAGAAGAAACGGAAGGAUAAGGAGGAAAAGGACAAGAGAAAAAUGGAAAAGAAAGAAAAAGAGGACAAAAAUGGCACAAAGAAGGGCAAAGAGAAAGAAAAUGAUGGCAAGGAUGGCGAAGAUAAGAUGGAGAAGAAAGACAAGGAGAAGGGAAGGGAAAAGAAGGGCAAGGGUGAAGAAGUAGAUAUUGAAAAUAAAAAGGGAAAAGACAAUGAAGGUAAAGACAAGGAGAAAAGGAAGGAUGAGGAGAAGAAGAAAAAGGAAAAGGAUGAAGAAAUUGAGAGAAAGAAGGUCAAGGGAAAAGAAGAUGGAGGAGAGGAUUGUGAAGACAAGAAGGAAAAGAUGGAAAAGAAGUUGAAGGAGAAGACAAAGGAAAAGCAGGACAAGGAUGAAGGAAAGGACACAUUGAAGAAAAAGGGAAAAGAGGAUGAUGAUGAAGAGAAUAAUAAUAAGAAUAGGGAUAAGAAAGAAAAGGAGGAGGAGAAGAAAAAGGAAAAGAAGGACAAGGAUGAAAAAAUCAAGCUAGAGAAGGACAAAGGAAAAACUGAUGAAGGAGAAGAUGGAGAAGAGAAGAAAAAAAAGAAGGAUAAGAAGAAAAAAGAAAAUAAGGAUAAGGGUGAGGAGGAUGAUGGGGAAGAAGAGGGUGAGAAAGAUGGGAGGAAAACAAUCAAAAAGAAAGAGAAGAAACCUGAAGAAAUAGUGGAUAAGGAAGGUGGCAAUGUUGAAGUUGCUUCAAGGAAGUUAGAUGAACAAAAAAAUGAGCAAGAAGAGGAGGCAGAUGAGCAAAAAGAUGAUGCCAAGGAAGUCAAAGAGAAGAAGAAAAAUGAAGACAAGGACAAAGGUGGGAAGAAGAGAAAGCUAACUGGAAAGGCCAAGUCCAAGGAUCUCAGCAAGCUGAAGCAAAAGCUUGAAAUGAUUAAUGGAAAAAUAGAAGCACUCCUUGAAAAAAAGGCAGACAUAGAAAGACAGAUAACAGAAGCAGAAGAGGAAGGUAAGGUAGUAGUCAUCGAGAAGGCCAAGGAUGUGGUAGAGUAGCAGUUCAAGAUAUGCUUUAUUAGCAUGCAAACAAUGUAUAUAUUAAAUCAGCACUAGAUGAAUGGCUUUGUGUGAAUAAACCUGUCUUCUGAUUGAGUGAUAAAUGAUACAUU